GGCGGGCAGCAGCGGGCAGCAGCGGGCAGGGCAGCGGCUGGCGGCAGCGGGAGCGGAGCGCAGGGCAGCGGAGCGCAGAGCCGCCCGCGGCAGGGACCCUUCGCCGCCGCUUCCUCACCGAGAAGGAAAAACAAACCACCGAGCCCAGCAAGGCCAAGUGGGAGCUGCUCCCUCAGCCAGCUCCUUCCUCCUGUGCCAGCAGGUCCGGAGAGCCCUGCCGCGGGCAUGGCGCUGGUGAAGAGCGGUUGGCUGUGGCGCCAGAGCUCCAUCCUGCGGCGCUGGAAGAGGAACUGGUUCGUGCUGUACCUGGACGGCAGCUUGGUGUACUACCAGGACGAGACGCAGCGCGACAUGGACGGCAGGAUCCACGCCAAGUACAGCUGCAGGGACGUCAGGGCUGGCCGCGAGUGCAGAGAUGUGCAGCCACCCGAGGGGAAGGGCCGCGAGUGCCUGCUGACCGUGGUGCUGCGGGACGGCUCCAAGACGACUCUGUGUGCCGAGAGCGAGGACGACGCCGUGGCUUGGAAGAUGGCUGUGCUGGAGGCAAAAUCCACCCCGGUGCAUGUCUACGACCCAUACGACGAUGACUACUACCAGACUGUGCCCCUGGACUCCCACCAGGCUGCCUACAUCAGCUCUGGCCACUAUGGCCCCCACUAUGGAGCCCCGGGGCUGACGCAGGUGAUCGUGCGGGAGGAUCCCUACCGAGUCUCCGGGGACCAGAUGGCCUUGGGGCUGCUGGCAGGGGCGGCCACCGGCGCCGCCCUGGGCUCCUUCAUGUGGAUGCCCUGCUGGUUCUAGCAGCCCCCCCAGGCUCUCCCUCCCACCCCCACAGCCCAAAAGCUGCGCUGUAGCUCCCUCCCACCCCCCCUCCCCCAGCCUCAUUUAACUGGCCCUUGGCUUGGUACCCAGCUCCAGCUUCCCCUAAAGCAGCCUGCUCAGCACCCUGCAGCCUGAGCUCCCAGCCUGCUCCCAGCCAUGGCUUCUGCACUAUAUGACCCCCACCACGGGCUUCAGAGACACCCCCCGAGAGACAAAACCUGCCCCAGAACCUCAUUCCCACCCACAAAAGACCUGGGGAGCUCUUGGGGCUAAGGGCAGGGGGAGAGCAGCAGUGUCCCAGCCCCAAAACCUGGCUCCAUCCCCCCCAGAAUCUCUGCAGGGAGCUGGCUGCAGAACCCCACCCCCAGGGGGAGGUAUGUGGGGGCCAAGGCAGCCACUGGUACCUUGAGGUGCAGCAAGAAGAGUGUGGCCAAGGGACGAGGUGGCUGAAGGACACAGCUGAGAGAGCUGUGGUCAGUGAGGCAGAGUCCAGUUGCAGGCCUGUGCCCAGUGCUGUCCCCCAGGGGCUGCUGCUGCUGCUGGCUCCAGCCCCACUCCAUGUAUCCAGCACUGACCUGGAUGAAGGGACAGAGGAGGGGACCCUCAGCCAGUCUGCUGAGGACACCACCCUGGGAGCAGUGGUGACAGCCCUGAGGCUGUGUCAGCAUCCAGCAGGACCUGGGCAGGCUGCUGGCUGGGAAGAGCUCCACUGCAGGUCCCUGAGGGCAGCUGUGGAGCCCUGGCCCUGGGGAGCAACAACCUCCUGCAUGAGGGCAGGCUGCAGGCUGAGCUGGUGCAGAGCAGCUCUGGGCAGGAGCAGGCAGUGCUGGUGGCCAGGAGGAGCAGCAGGGUGGCCCUGGGGACGAGGCAGCUGCUGGCACCCUGGGCUGCAGCAGGAAGAGUGUGGCCAAGGGAGGUUCUGCUGCCCUCUGCUCUGCCCUGCCCAGGCCACAGCUGCAGUGCUGGGGCCACUGCUGGCUGCCAGCUGCAGAGGGACAGGGACUGGCUGCUGAGGGGCCUGGCACAGCUCUGGGCAGGGGAGGCUGAGAGCUGGAGCAGAGCAGCCUGAGGGGGGGCUCAGCACUGCCAAGCAGCACUGCGGGGCUGGGGGCAGCAGCUGGGGCCAGGCUGUGUCCAGCGGUGCCCAGGGGCAGGGCAGGGGGCACAGAAUGGAGCACCACAAGUGCCAGCUGAGCAUGAGGAGGAGCUUCUUGGCAGAGCCCUGGAGCAGGCUGCCCAGAGGGGAGCUGCAGGCUGCAUCUCUGCAGACAUCCCAGACCCACCUGGCUGUGCUCCUGGGUGCCCCUGGCUUGGCAGGGGGCUUGGGCUGGGUGAGCUCCACAGGUCCCUUCCAGCCUCUGCCACUCUGUGACUCUGAGGGGGUUGAAUUCUCUGCGGGCCCAGCAGAGCUGCUCUGGAAGGAAGGGUUUGGGGUGCAGGAAGUUGGUUGGAGGUGGAGGG